AUGACUGCGCAGAUGGAUACCGAACCCAGAACUCACGAGGAAUACGUUGUGGGGUGGAUAUAUGCUCUGCCAAAAGAGCAGACCGCGGCGACAGCCAUGGUGGAUCGAAGACACGUCGAGCUCCCGAAACCGCCAAAUGACCCCAACGCUUACACACUUGGAUCUGUUGGCAACCACAACGUUGUAAUAACCUGUCUCCCUAAAGGCCAGGUUGGAAACAAUUCGGCAGCGAACGUGGCCUCCUGGAUGAUCUCGACUUUUCCAUCCAUCAAAUUUGGCCUGAUGGUGAGACUAGGCGAUGUGGUGGUCAGCACACCCGUGGGCCAAUUUCCUGGCGUGGUCCAAUGGGACUUUGGCAAGGCGAAAGAAGGCAGUAGCUUCGAACGGACCGGGUCGCUGAACAAUCCGCCCACGUCUCUGCUCACGGCCCUGACGAAGUUGGAGACGGAGCACGACAUGGUUGGCUCUAAGAUACCGGAGUACUUGAAGGAAUUGAGGGAGAGGUGGCCGAGACUUGUACCCAAUUACCUGCCGUCUGAUUUACGGGAUAUAUUAUUCAAAGCAGAUUAUGGACACGCAAGCAGGCGCCCCUUGGAUCUCGAUGAUACUUCCAAUGUUGACAAUGUGGAUGAGGACAAGGAAGAGAGCUGCCGAUUCUGCGAUAAGACACAGGUUAUGCGGAGGAAACCGAGAGAUAUAUCUGUGCACUUCGGUCUGAUCGCAUCAGGAAACCAGGUUAUCAAGGAUGCUGCUCUCCGAAACAAACUCAAAGAUCUUGGUGGCCAACUCCUUUGCAUCGAAAUGGAAGCAGUAGGGCUGAUAAGCAACUUCCUGUAUAUUAUUAUCCGAGGAAUCUGCGAUUACGCGGACUUAUAUAAGAACGAUGAUUAG